AUGUUCCUGCAGACGUCGCCUCAGACCAAGGCGCAUGGAGUUGCCGAGGCUGUUGUCCAACAUCUUGCCCAGGCGGCAUUCGAGAGGCCUUCGGCGUUGGUUGUUGGCCAUCGUCAAGAUGUGCUCCUACGGGAGCUUUUCAGCAAGGCGACCAAGGGAAUCUUGGAGCAAUCCCCCGUCACUGCGUGCUCGGGGUUCGUGGACAUAGAGGCGCAAAAGGUAUUGGACAGUCAAGCAUGGUGCCGGCGCCCAAUGCAAUCGGAAGGAGGCACCAGGUGUCUGGACGAACCGAAGAUCCGCAAGCUCGUGGGUAUCUUGCUGAUUCAUUGCCAUGAUAGCGACGCACAGGUAUGCACGGCUGCGUACCAGGCUUUAUCCAUGGCUUAUCGCCAGGCCUCUCAUACCGUGCAGCGGUUUAUCUGUGAUGGAGUACUGGCGGACCUGGAAAGCCCUGUCAGAGGGUGGUCUUCACUUAGGCAUCUGCGGUACAUAUGUUGUGAGUUGGAAGAACACGAGCUCUCGACGCUUAUUGCGCGGAUGUUGCACUGGCUGCGAAUUGAAUCUGCAGCUGACGUGGCCCUGCAACAGCAGUUGAAAUCAGCUCUGGAGACUCUUCUUCCGCUGACUCCACACGGAAUUUUGCCGCAUGCCAUUGUCGAACUUUGCAGGCUAGCACAGACUGGCAAUGCUCCCUGCAAGACUUACUGCUCCUCAUCCCGCGUGAAGGCUAAAAGAUUCGAGUAUCGAGGGCACGGUUGCUUCAUGGUUGUUGUAGCUGCAAUUGUGGGCGACCAGGACAACCAGAUGGGGCGUAGCGCAAUCAGUUGGUGA